AUGAUUGAUUGGUUGGUUAAUACUUUGCUUAGCUGUUUGUGUGGCAGUGUAUCUCAUCUUUUAAUAGCCAGUCAAUUUAUAUUUUACUCGUGUAUACAUUUAGCUGAUGAGCUCUCCAACGAUAAAUUACAUCACAAAUCAUACUGUUCAGCGUCAUCGACAACCUCAUUGUCCGCACCUACGUUACCACAUAAAUUCUCUAUGGCCAACUCAAACGAAUAUGAAAUAUGUGCAGGUACAAGCUGUAGUGUUGUAAAUACGGUCGAUAGUAUGUGCAACCAAGAUAGCCAACAAAAUGUCAUUGGUGGUACAGCUGAUGUCAUCAGCAGCAGCAACAGAAACACACAUACGCAUACCAACAGCAAUGGACAGACUGUUGACAGUAAUGCCAUCAAACAUUCUAGCAACAAUAACUGCAUCAAUAUCAAUAGCAGCAACAGCAAUAGCAGCAGUAAAACUCCCAUCAAGGACUUUUACAAAGAUGCCACCGUACUCAUCACGGGUGGUACGGGUUUCGUGGGAAAAGUAUUAAUUCAAAAAUUAUUGCGUGCCUUUGAAGUGCGUAAAAUUUACAUGUUAAUACGUUGCAAGAACAACAUGUCGGUGGAGCAACGUUUGGAGCAGUACUUCAAUGAAUCGAUAUUUGAUACGUUACGUGCGGAAAAUACUCAACUGUUUUAUAAAGUUCACCCCAUACGUGCCAAUUUUAGUGCCAUCGAUCUGGAUAUUGCUUCUGCAGAUCGUGAGCUGUUGUGUAAUGAUGUUACUAUUGUUUUCAAUGUUGUUGCCUCUGUGAAGUUUAAUGAAAAAAUUGGUGAUGCCAUCGACAUCAAUGUACUGGGUACAAAGAAAAUAUUGGAUUUAGCCAUGGAAAUGAAAAACUUAAAGUCUUUUGUGCAUAUUUCCACUUUGUAUUGCAAUUGUAAUCUGCAAAAGAUACAAGAGAAAGUUUAUGAAAAUGAAAUUGGUUAUGAGAAAAUAAUGCAGAUUUUUCGCAUAUUUGAUGAUGAAACUUUGGAGAAAUUUAGACCCUGUUUAAUAGGUGAAAUGCCCAAUACCUACACCAUGACUAAAAAAUGUGCCGAGAAUCUGGUUAAUCAUAGGGCUUUCUAUUUACCGGCGGGCAUAUUUAGACCUCCUAUAGUUAUGUCUACUUACAAGGAUCCCAUACCGGGUUGGACGGAUAAUUUAUAUGGUCCAUCGGGUCUUUGUACAUGGUCGGCUCGUGGCUUAGUACGUUGUAUUUAUGGCAAUGCGAAGUGUAAAGCCAAUAUGGUGCCAGCUGAUUAUUGUGUAAAUGCCAUGAUAUCCAGUGCUUGGGAUGUUGCCAGGCGAUAUAAUAUCUCUGUUAAGGAAUCGAAAGUAAGGCAUGAAAUUCCGGUAUAUAAUUAUAUAUUUGAUAAAAAUAAUUUAACCUGGGGCCAGUAUAUGCAUUUGUCGCGCAAAGGUUUUCACGAGCCCUUCGAUAAGGCAUUGUGGUGCUUUUCGUACAUAAUAAUACCAUGGAAGCCAUUACAUUAUGCCGCCUCCAUCUUUCUACAUCAUAUUCCGGCUUAUGUACUAGAUUUAAUUGCCAUGGCUACCGGACAGAAAUGCAUUUACAUUAAAGCUUAUUCAAAGAUUACAAAAAUCAUUUACAUGAUGUCCUGGUUUGGUCUCAAAGAGUGGAUGUUUUCCAAUCAAAAUAUCGCUGAAUUGGAUGCAUUGAUGACAGCCGAAGAAAAGAAAGUUUUACAAUUCAAUACCAACACGAUUAAUUGGAAUGAGUAUUUUCGUUCGUAUUUAAGCGGCAUACGCAAGUAUUUCUUCAAGGAUACCGAAACUGAUUUGCGUAAAAGGAAAACUUUUUAUCGAAGAUGGCUUUUCGUACACAACCUGUUAAAGACUUCAUUUGGUGUUACUCUCAUUAUGUGCCUUCUAAGGAUUUAUUACAAACUUUUCAAAAUCAUACCAAAAAUUACAUUGUAA